AUGGCGGCGAGAUCUUGCACCAGUACCCAGACACGGACGGUCAUUUCUCUUUGGAAUUUCAGGCUUGCUGACCUCGUCACCAUAAUGAACGGCGUCUGCGGCUCAUUCUCCGUGUUCUCGUCGGCGCGGUACCUCCUUACGAACGACGAGUCGUAUCUGUGGAUGGCGCACCUGCUCCCCCUUGCGGGAUUGAUGUUCGAUUUCUUCGACGGCAAAGUUGCGAGGUGGAGAAAGUCCAGCAGCAUGAUAGGCCAGGAACUCGAUUCGUUGGCCGACCUCAUAUCGUUCGGCGUCGCGCCCGCGGUUUUGGCGUUUGCUGUCGGCCUGCGCACCUUCCUGGACACUGUCGCGUUGACCUGUUUCAUCUGUUGUGGACUCGCUCGCCUCGCCCGGUUCAACGCGACCGUUGCAAGCGUUCCCAAGGAUGCCACAGGGAAAGCGCACUACUUCGAGGGUCUCCCGAUCCCCUCCUCGCUGGCUCUCGUCAGUCUCCUGGCAUGGUGGACAAAACACGGAUGGAUCGAAGGCAAGGAAGGCAUCCCAUGGGGCAAGGUCGCCUUGUGGGAAGGGCAAGACGGUGCUGGAGAUAUUCACUGGGUGAGCUUCGUGUUUGGACUAUGGGCCGCGGCAAUGGUGAGCAAGACGUUGCGCGUGCCCAAACUAUGA